UCUCUCCCUGUCCCUCUCUCUGGCGUGUCUCUGCGAUUUCUGGGUUGCUUUGGACCAGAAAAAAUAUCUCUCUCUCUCUCUCUCUCUCUCUGAGGUAGAGACGAUAGACAAACCAGAAUGGCGAUGGUUUUGGGUAGCUUGAGUACCCACCCGAAGGUGCGACAUCCAGCAUUUCAUCAUUUCCAUGGAGGGUCUUCGAAUCUCCUGCAGGAAGAAAGACCGAGAAAGAGAUAAUCGUCACCCCUAUAAGGUUGUCGAGAUCACUCCUCCUCCCAGGAGUCUUGGCGUCCGUUGCUUUCCCUCGAACUUGCAAUGCGGCGAGAGCGUGACAAUCGAGGGCCAGGCCUAUACAAUAUCAGCUGUGACUCACCGAUAUCAGCUCCGGAAGGGGAAGUACGAGCCUAGCGAGAAGAGGCUUGACGUCUUAUCAACAGGAAGAUACCUCUUGAACUUGUAUUUGGAUAAUCUGUACAAGCAAUCUUGACAUCUAUUCUCCUUCAUGCUCGAGCUCCGGUUUCUCACGGCUCAGAUCAUGAUGCGGUAUUCUGAAUAUAUUUAUCUUGUUAUGUUCUUGUUAGCUAUCCAACCUUAGCUGUUCAUCUAUGCACUGAGAAUUAGGAAAGAGAGUUCCCAUUAGUAUCUCAAGUUGGAUCCUAGAUGUAGAAACAUAAGAAGGCAUAGCCCCUUCUAUCAAAAGAAAUCAUAUUCUCACCGA